GGACGCACUUGCUUCGGCGUAGCUGCCCCCUCCCAUCCACCGCCGAAAGCCGGGACGUCUUCGUCCCUCCACUACUCCACUCCACUUCACUCCAGUCCACGGAGGACACUGAGUGGUCCAGUUCGCGCCGAGGCCGAGUCAUCUGAGCCGAGUUAGUUCGGAGCGUGAGGACCCCCUGUUCGUCAAACGCGGCUCCGUGUUCCGGCCGCAGGCGCAGACUGACCGCGACCCAGCAGUAACCACCGUCCUCAGGGAUACUACAUUUUCAUCUAUACUCUCAGGACAACAAGGAGCGCCCACACACAAUGGCACCCAAGAAGGCCUUCAAGUGCGGUGUGUGUGCCAAGAGGUUCCCGACAAAAUCCCUUCUUGAGAGUCACGAGCGCAUCCACACCGGAGAGAAGCCGUUCGAGUGUACCGUAUGCCACAAGACGUUUGCACAGAGUGGUGUUCUGGGACGGCACAUUCGCACCCACACGGGCGAAAAGCCUUUCGAGUGUGCAGUGUGCCACAAGAACUUUACUACGAAAUAUGGGCUCACUGUUCAUCUCCGCAUCCACAACGGGGAAAGGCCAUUCGAGUGCAACUUGUGUGACAAGAAAUUCACGCAAAGGAACGCCCUGCAAAGGCAUACACGAACCCACACGGGCGAAAAGCCACACGAGUGCCCAGUGUGCGGUAAGAAAUUUGCAGACACUCGACUAUUGAACGGUCAUGUGCGUUGCCAUUCAGGGGAGAAGCCUUUUGAGUGCGUUGUGUGCAAUAAGAAAUUUUCAUGGAGUGAAAACUUGCGUCAUCAUCUGCGUACCCACACGGGAGAGAAGUCCGUCGAGUGUGCCGAGUGCAACAAGGUAUUUUCGUGUAGGUCGGUGUUGAAAAACCAUGUCCUCAUCCACACAGGAGAGAAGCCCUAUCACUGUAAAGUGUGCGGCAAAACAUUUUCGAAAAAUGAAAAUCUGCGAUCUCAUAUCCGAACGCACACCGGGGAGAAGCCAUAUGCGUGUACGUUGUGCGAAAAGAAAUUUUCGCGUAGUGAUCAUCUGCAAGUACACCAUCGGAAGCACACGGGGGAGAAGCCUUUCGAAUGCGCGGUCUGCGGCAAGAAAUUUGUGACCGAUUCCCAUCUUCUAAAACAUCUUCGCACUCACACGGGAGAAAAGCCUUUUGAGUGUAAGUUCUGCAACAAGAAAUUUACGGUAUCCAGCAGUCUGCGCAGUCAUCUCCAAAUCCACACACGAGAAAUUGAGUUGCACUGAACGGUGUGCAACGUGAAGUGUUUGCACGCUGGCAGUCUACGCAGACAUCUUCGAACUUACAGAGGCAAAGAGCCGUCUCCGGCGUGUUGUUUUCAGGUAGUGGUUCGCUAUAUCGGCAUCACCAGACCCAAACAGAAAUUACGGGAGAGAAGCCACUUGCAGAGUGCAGAGUGCAAUUUUUUGAGGCGAAGACUCUGGUUGUUCACCUUCGAAGGUGCUUUGCUUUGUAUAGGGUGUUGUGAAAAACGUACAUGUGCAAUGUGGAAAUACAUUUUGUUUUGUUUUGUUACCGGCACUUAUUUUACAUGAUUAAUUAAAUUGCAAUGUACCUAUUUAUACGUUUGUGUGCCUUCUUAAACCUUUUCUGCACAAAGGGGAGUGGGUGAUAAAAUGAGAGGGGGCACAUGAAGUUGGGAA